AUGCGUCUCCCCGUCUCGGCGCUGCUCUUGCUGCUCCAGCUCUGCGGCGCGGACGCCUCGUCCGUGACUGCGGGUGCGCCCGAGCACUUGAUGACCACAGGAGGCGAAUGUGUGCGUUUGUUUCACUCCAGGGGGAGCAUCGGCUGCCGCAGUCAAACGGCUUCCGACAUGGCACCUUUGUACCCGAUCACAAGCGCCGACGAGCUUCAGAGCUUCGUAUCAGGCUCCGCUGACCAACAAGAAGCCGACUCCAAGUACGUUCUGGUAAUGGCCGAGUCGCUACUGAGCUACGACGCCAUCGAGACUGGAAUCGACCGUAUCGCAGGCCUGUUCCUCUACCCAGACUCCACCAACGCUUCGUUCGACGUCGCAACACCGCAAGGAGACGGCACAGUGGAUGGAGUAUUGAACCCUUUCGCUAGUGAUAAGACUAAGUGGAAUCCAACCGGUAACGGGCUACUAAUCGAGUCGCUGCCCUUCUCGGUCGCCAUGCUGGAGAACUCUACGAUGGGAGAAGAGUUCACGAAACGUGCGCAAAUUAACUUAAAGGACUCCGCUGGGGCGACAUACAAAGCCUUUAUGAACUAUUAUUUCGGACCGGAAGAGAUGGAUUCCUUGAAAUGCUUGAACUUCACCAAUAUUUACGGAAACCCCAGUCCAAAGUGCGACCCUAUUGGAGGACAGAGUUCGUGGGCUAUGCGAGGGAAUUUAAAGUCCGGAGAGAUCGUCAUGGCCAUGGCAGGUAUGGAUGCCGCCUCACUGUCCCACGUACUGUCACCCGGAGCCAACACCGGUGCGUCUGGACUUGUAGCACUGCUGGCAGCCGCCCAUGCACUCAAAAGCUUACCAGACUCGUCGUUCAAUAAAAAAGUCGUGUUCGCAGCCUUCCAAGCCGAGAAAUUCGGAUUCGUCGGAUCGAGAAAGUUCCUUUCGGACUUGCAGAAGUUCACGAAAGACCCGGAAGGAGCGUGUGCAUACCCCGUGGACGACUCCUCGUCUCCUAUGGGCUCGAGUUUCUGCACGAAUCCGAUGCUCAGUAGCACGGAGUUCGCUAACUUAAAUCUCGCGAACAUCUCGUACGUUAUUGCUGUUGAUCAGGUGGGUAUUCUACCGAAAUCCGGCAACUUCACGCUGCACGUGAACCCAAAUGCGAACGACUCUAGUGCUCUAGUCGACGCUGUACUUAACGCCCCAUCCAGUGCUUCUGUUGCUGAAGGUAGAACGGCUUCGCUGCCUCCUACACCGCUGACAUCGUUCGUAAACGAUGGCGAGUACGGCCAACGUGACCUGGUGGGUGCAGUACUUGCUGGCUACGACGACAGCUACACCUCUAAGAAGACAUACAACAGUCGCCACGACGAGUAUAAUCUUCUAGAUGUCGACGCUGUUGUACAAGCAGCUCAAAUACUGGCUGAGAGUGUUUUUACGCUGGCCUCGAAUAAUGCGACGACGGCACAGAUGGACAAGAUCAAGGUGGAUACGUGGCUAGUUGAGUCCAUGUUGUCAUGUAUCAGUACGGACUGGAACUGCGAUCUUAUGAAGAAAUACUCACAGUACAUGGUCUCGACGUUAAUUGAGUAUUCGAGUCUCGUGGACUCGGCUUCACCGUCGUACUCGGAGCCGGCUACCGUGUACCCGGGUACACUGAACCGUGAUCGCUCUAUGAUGGUGCUGAAAAAAAGUGAUGCCUCGUUCUACUCGCUCUUCAACGACUCGUGGUCAGACGAGGACUAUGCUGUACGGCUCUUCCCGAAUGCGUACGAGGUCUUCACGCGCGCCUUCCUGGCGUCUGCUAUGGUGCCUAACGCUACAGCUGACGGUGCUCCGUCAUGCUCACAGAGUCAAGGAUGUAGUGACGGUGGGAAGGGCAUGGAGUGUGUCUAUCCUGGAGUCUGCGUUAAGAAGAGUGCGUACCAUCACGAAGCCAGCUCACCGGCGAUUAAGCGAACAGACACGCCACUACUGUACGCUGUGGUGAACUCGUCGAUGCCUAUCUGGACUGAGCCGCAAUGGGCUACGGGGAUCGGUAGCUACUCGUUCCCGGACCCUGGCGCUUGGAUCGGCUGGAUUACACUUGCUGUCGGCGUUGUGGUGACAGGACUUGGCGUCGGAGCGUCGUUUAUGGUGCUAAACAGCGUGCAGAAAAUGAAGCUGAUGUAA